AUGACAGAAACAAACACUCAAGAUUCUUCACAAAUGGCUGACAAAGCAUCACUAUCAGACUCCCAGGUGGUCAUAUGGAAAAAGGUAACCGGGUUGAAAUUCAAAAAAAAGCAUACAAAAGGAUCACAAGCCAGCCAAAAGCACAAAACAGCAUCAAGAAACACACAAGGCACACCACCAACAACAGCAAAAGCCAAACUAUCCACACCCAAAUCCGCAAACACACUGAAACCAAAGAAAACAACGAAGACAAAAAAAACACAAUCCCAAACACAAAAACCUCAACCAAACAGACGCAAUAACCCAGAUUAUGUGCAGAUCAAGAGCAACAUGCUCACAUUUGACAACACAUUGCAAACGGUAAAAGACAAGCUUGCAGCAAGAAAGGAUGUCCUCAAGAUCCUACAAAAAACGCCAUUCUGGAGCAUCAUCAAGGCUUACAUGGAAGGUCAGUUAACCAAGGUAGAAUGCCAGAAGUCUAAUUAUCAAAUAAUUAAACUAAUCAGACUCUACAACCCCGCAACCAAAAAAUUCAAAUUCAGUGAAGGCAACGAGCAUGAAAUUACAAGCAAUGAUGUGUCUGACAUCUUUGGAUUGCCAAACAAAGGAAACAAGUUGCCAAGCACAACAACUUCCACAAGAACAAAUUUGGCCUUCGAAAAGAAGUACUUCGAGAAGUCAAAAAAAAUCACAAAAACUGAGAUUGAUAGGUGUCUGAACACAGCAAUAGCAGAUGACAGAAAGAAGAAUGCAAUGGAUGUUGUCAGGUUGUUAAUCCUAGAGCUCUUCAUCACAAAUCUCUUUUGCAACUCUGGGGCGACAAUGGCUUGGACCUUUUUGACUAUGAUCGACACAUUAGAAGCUAUGAACAGCUACAACUGGGCACAAGGAGUCUUAGAUUACAUGCAUUAUGGACUGGACCAAGCCAUAAAAAAUAAAAAGGACAAGACAAAUCAACCAAGCGUCAGUGGUUGCCUUGUGCUAAUCCUGAUAAAAGCUGCUGACAAUGAAAAAGAAGAAGCAACAAAGACUGAUCAUGCAGACCAUGAAGAACAAGAAGAAAAUGAAGAGGAUGAUGACUUUGUUAUCACACUUAAAGAUUGGAAACAGAACUUCAGCUUCCAUGAAAAUGUGGACCAAAGUGCAACCCAGACAAAAACUCCACAACAUGAGCAAAAUGAAGACAAUGCACAAUCAUUGGGAUGCAAAGCAGAUGAUGAAAUUGAAGAACCACCAGCACAAUCAUUGGAAUGCGAAGCAGAUGAUGAAAUUGAAGAACAAGCAGUUGACCUUAGUGCAGACUCAGUGACGGAGGAGGACACUGUUAAUGUCCAGCAACAGAACCCAGAACUUGACAGCCAAGAAGAAGACUUCGACUCCAUUUUUGUGGACAUAGUGGGGUCAAUCCCAGAGUACUACAAGCAUGAAAUAGCCCCUACCCAUGAGAAAAUCCAACAGCUGAAAGAAGCAGUCGACUAUUGGAUUGAAAAGGCAGAUACUCGAAGGGAUAUGAUGCAGACUGCUAUAGAAUCCUGCAUAAAGAAAAAUUCAUUCAUUCAACAAAUAUGGACUGAAAAAGAAGAGUUGGAGCAACAAAUUGAAUUACUGAAAAAACAGCUUGAGCAAGAGAAAAAAGAAGGUGCAAAAUUACAAGGGGAACUUCAUGCACUCAAAUCAAAUAGGAGACAGCUACAGGAACAACAUGAACUACUUGAAGGGGAAAAGUUGUCCUGCAUUGAGAGCAUGAAAGAAAAAGACACUGUUAUUGCCUCUUUGCAACAUGUGAUGGGAAAAAAAAUCAAACAAGGUGAACAAGGAGAAAUUCCAAUGAAAGAACAAGCUAAUAAGGAGAAAAGAGAUGAGAGAAUAGCAGAAGAAAGUGAAUUGGAGAUGCAAGAAUCUCCUAAUGAUGAAGAUGAGAACGCUGAUGGAAAAACUCCUGAAAAGUUAGUUAUCAUGCAAGCAAAAGAAGUAGGAACACGGCAGUUGCGUUCUGGCAUCAAAAUAAUCAAAGACAGAAAAGACAGAAAGCCUGCAAAGAAACCAGAUUACACAUACCCCGAAGCACAUAAGAAAGGCCGAAAAAGAGCAAGCCAAAGCGAAGAUGAAGCAGCCAACAAAAAAAAGGAGGACAAAGAUACAUAA